AUGCCAAUGAAUGUCGACAUGUUCUGUAGUGAAGAGGGGCAACCGGAGCUGCUGAUGGAGAACUCUCCUGCGGAACGUCCAUCGACCUGCUUGCUAGGCGGACCAUCGUCGGAAGGAAGUCCUUCAAGACUGAAGCCACGCAACGAUGACCUAGGACUUCUGCUCAGGACAUCAUCCCGUACUGUACCGGAAAGUGUGGGGGCCCGCCGACCCAACGGGACGGGAACAAGAGUUCCUCUAGCAGCAGCAGCAGCAGCAGCAGCAGCAGCAGCAGACGCAAAGCAAGUGCCCUGCCCUGCCCUGCUCGCCUCGCCUGCACUCUACAGCUGCGGAGGAGAGGAGCACAGCACACUACUCCGUACGGAUACAGGAGUUACCUCGACCUGGAACGUGCAGCGUCCCGGCCACUCUGCCCCCCCUUCUCGUGGAUCCGGGCAGGCAAGGCAAAGGGCCAAAGACAAAGGCAAGGCGGAAGUACCUACGGGUGUAGAGGUACAUCGACCAUCUGUUGACCACUGUUCUCUCUCCCUUCUCGCCCUCUCAAGCUUCCCCCUCCCCAACCCUCUCCCAGCCCAGUUCCCAGUCAAUGUCACUCACUCCCCUUGGGCCCUUGGCUCGGACGUUUCCAUGGUACAGGGCAUGCUUAUCUAAUCCACUUCUCUCCCUCCACUUGGGUUGGACGGGUACAAGCUCAUUUUCAAAGCCCGGAAGCAGCAGGGCCCCCAAGA